AUGGACGAGCUGGGGCCAGAGCCGGGACGCGCGUGGCGGGUGCUAGCCCUGUGCGGGGCUGCAGUGUUCCUGGCAGCGGCAGCAGCUGGGGCGGCCCUGCUGGCCUGGAACCUGGCCUCCUCGACCUCCCGGGGACCUCGCUGCCCAGAGCCAGGGGCCAAUGCCACCGGGCCCCCCGAGGACCUGGCGCCUGAGCUGGAAGAACUGCGGCGACGGCUGGCAGAGGCUACCCAGCACAAGGAGGCUCUGGCCAGACAGCUGGACCAGGCCAACCGAGUCGGUCGGGAGCUGGAGGAGGCACUAAGGGCCUGUCAGGGCCGUCAGAGCCGGCUUCAAACCCAACUGAUGACCCUGAAGACUGAGAUUGAAGAGGCCAAGGCACAGGGGACCCAGAUGGGGGCUGAGAACGGGGCGCUCACAGAAGCCCUGGCCCGCUGGGAGGCGGCAGCCAUGGAGUCUGCGCGGAGGUUGGACGAGGCACAGCAACGCGCACGCGCGGCCGAGGCCGAAGCCGAAGCUUGCGCAGCCCGGGAAGCGACGCUGCGCGAACGCGCGAAAGCCCUGGAAGCCGAGUUGGGCCCCCAGCGCAAAGUGCCGCAACCCCGAUCCCGCUCCGUGUCACGACCCCGACCCAGCCCCCGUUCGCGCUCUCGCCCAGGACCCUCUGGGGGCUGCAGGAGGCCAGCGCGGCGCGCCCGAGGGUGAGUCGGCCCCCAGCAGGAUGAGGCCAGAAGGGCGCACACUGUGGCUGGAACAUGUAGAGAGGUGCCCCCGCUGGAUAAGAUGCCCGGUCGACACCCAUCAACGCUCAGCUUUAGAUCCAGGAACCACUCUGAACGGAAACUACAGAAAGGAGACUCGACCCUCUCUCCCCAACCAUCUAGUGUUUAUUUUACAGGCGGGGAACUGAGGCCCAUUUGCUAACACAAUGAGAUUAAGUGUUUUGGGACUUAAGCCCCUUCUAACGACAGCAUUGAUUCAUCCCACAGACAUGAAGACUUAGGGUCCAGUCCUGGCUCAAAAGUGACCUGGAAGGGUCACCUCUCCCCUGUGGGCCUCAGUUUACCUUGUCUGUAAAUUGAGUCUUUGGAAUCAUGUGUAGCAAGCCAGCCUAUCUUUGACAACAAAAACUGACCAAGAUGGCAUGAAGGGAAAACUACAGAGUCCUCUUCCUAUGAGGAGGGUACGAAAUUCCCAAAUGAAAUUUUAGCAAAAAGAAUUAAGCAACACAUUUUUUAAAUACAUCACAACAAAGGGGACUUAGGUCU